UUUUCAAUGUUUAGCUGGUUAAGCUUUAACAAAAUUCUUGUACAAAAUCUACUUUGUAGUAUUUCGGAAUUAAUUUACUAUUAUCGAUAACAAGUAAAAACUAUUAGAUUACUCAAUUCAAGAGACACUAACAUGAUAUAUCGAUAGUCUAGCAGAGACAAACCAGGGGUAUCGAUAGCUCGACGACAUUUUGAUCCGGUCAAACUUGCAGAGUCCAGAACAUUUUUGCAAAUAAAUAAAACAAAUAAGAUAGGAAACUUAUAUGAAUAUAACGAAAUGAAAACCAAAUACGAGUUCGACGAUGAUGUGUCAUCAAUUUGUGAAUCGACGGCUGCUUUGACCGAGGGCUGUCGCCUGUCUGUGCGCAUGCACAAGACCGACGACUGGCCACUGGCCGAGAUUGUCAGCAUCAAAGAGCAGGACGGCAAGCGUCAAUUCUAUGUGCACUAUGUAGAUUUCAACAAGCGCCUAGACGAAUGGGUCAACGAGGAUGACUUGGAUACGCGCAAGGUGCAAUUUCCACGUCGCGAUGGACCACAAACAGGCACCAGCACGGGCGUCACCACGCCCAAACGCCAUCAUUCGCUGGCGGGCAGCGUAUCGCGACCAACAUCGCCACAGCCACAGCAUGCCGGCAGCGUUGGCAGCGCUGUUAGCGGCUCUGGCGGCGCUAUUGUCGGUUCCAAUAGCGGCACCGAGCUGGUAAAUGGCAACAAUGUUCUAGCUGCAGCACUACAGAAGCGGAUCAAUCGUCGUCGCAAAGUGCACGCGGCGCAUCAUUUGCAAUCGCUGCAGCAGCAGCAGCAACAACAGCAGCAGCCACAUCAGCAGCUGCCGCAGACGCCGCAAACACCGCAAACUCCCCAAACACCUGUUCAUGUGACUGGUGACGGCGGAAUGCUGCCAACGACACCUGUAGGCGGGGUGUCAGCUGCUGGCAACGAGGACGUCUCGCAGGAUGGCAAAAUGGCAACGCCUCGGCAAUCGGGCAGCAUGGUCACGCAUCAGGAUGAUGUGGUGACGCGCAUGAAGAAUGUCGAAAUGAUCGAAUUGGGUCGUCAUCGCAUCAAACCCUGGUACUUCUCGCCAUAUCCACAAGAGCUGUGCCAGCAGAACUGUAUAUAUAUCUGCGAAUUCUGUUUAAAGUAUUGCAAGAGUCGCAAAUGCCUCGAGCGACACUUGUCCAAAUGCAAUCUACGGCAUCCGCCGGGUAAUGAGAUCUAUCGCAAGAGUACAAUAUCAUUCUUCGAGAUUGAUGGACGCAAGAACAAGGUCUACGCACAGAAUCUAUGCCUGCUGGCCAAGCUCUUUUUGGAUCAUAAGACACUCUACUAUGACACGGAUCCAUUUCUAUUUUACAUUAUGACGGAAUUCGAUUCACGAGGAUUUCAUAUUGUUGGCUACUUUUCAAAGGAGAAGGAGAGCACUGAGGACUACAACGUGGCCUGUAUAUUGACCAUGCCGCCAUAUCAGCGCAAAGGCUAUGGCAAGCUGCUCAUCGAGUUUAGCUACGAGCUGUCCAAGUUCGAGGGCAAAACGGGCUCGCCAGAGAAGCCGCUAUCCGAUUUGGGCUUGCUCUCCUAUCGCUCCUACUGGGCGCAGACCAUACUGGAGAUAUUGAUUAGCCAAAACUCUGGGACAGAUGGCGAGAAGCCCACCAUAACCAUCAAUGACAUCUGCGAGUGCACGUCCAUUAAAAAGGAGGAUGUGAUCUCUACGCUGCAGAAUCUGAAUCUAAUCAACUAUUAUAAGGGUCAGUAUAUUGUCUGCAUAGGACGCGAUACGAUUGAGCAGCAUCAGCGGGCGAUGCAGAAGCGCAAGAUACGCAUUGACUCCAAGUGCCUGCACUGGACGCCCAAGGAUUGGUCUAAGCGUUCCAAGUGAAUACGCUCAGUCGCCUGCCUGCCCGCCCGCUAAACUAAUAAUUAAUUAACCCCGCCGAAAGUACAAUAAAUGCGUUUGUCGCUUGCAGUGGUAGCAUCUA